UACUAUUUAUGGAAUAAUGACAGAGAGAUUCGAAGUGGGAGAAACCGAAAGUUACACGCACACUUUUCAUACAACGUUCACCUCGACCAUGGCCAUCGCGAAGGAGUAACUUGUAAGUCAGCAGAAAGUCCGAAAAUGUCUGAGGUUGAUAGAGAUGCUGCCACAAAGGAAGAUGGGGAUUUUACCAACAGCACAGUGGACAGAGAGGGUAUCACAGUGGAUGCUGAAUUCUCCAAUAAUGAUUUAAUUGACAGGGAGCAGGAAACCGUGUCUAGUCCACCAAGAAUAAUAUUCAGUGUCACUGAACCUACAACAAAGAACACUCCACUGCUUAAAGGAAUACCAAAAGAACCCAUACAGCAGUCCUCUGACCAGCAUGUAUUGUUUGGGCGUGGCCAUUCUGCAAGGGUAUUUUUGAAUGAUGACACAGUGUCAAGGGAACACAUGAAGCUUUCACUGCAAACAAACCCUUACACGGGUGAAAGUCAUUUUGUUGUAGAAACUGUCAGUGAAACAAAGCCAGUUUAUAUAAACGGAGCGCCAUUGCUCAAGCAGGGUGGCAUCAAAGUUCUGAAAACCAAUGACAAACUUGGCAUUGGUAAGCUGGUAUUUACCCUUCAAACCAUGCCUGGGGAUUCACUUGAGUUUUACGAAGUUGAAUUCAUGACCAGCACUUUACUUUCUCAUCAACAUUAUCAGCAACAGACAAACAAUUCCAUUCUUUAUGCACCUCCAACAGGGGCAUUUAAAUCCGAACCAAUUAUUGUGGCCAACCAGCUUGGUGCCGUUUUUCUGCCAAAUAACUUUGGAACACCUUCAGGGAAUCCAACAUUUAAUAUGAACGUUAUGAGUAAUGGAGGAGGAUUCCCACAACUUGGCUCUAUGAUUGGUCCUCAGCAGCAACAGCUUCUCCAACAGCAACCAAUGGCAUAUUCACCCUUUCCAAGUAAAAUUGGAAUGAGCCAGCACCCUGUUCAACAGCAGACAACAAACAUUGCCUUUCCGCAUUCUCAGUUACCAGACUCAACACAUCCCGUAACACAAAGCUCCCUCUUGUCUCAUCAGAUACCAUUCGUUGAUAGAAGGCUUGUGCACCAAAGUACCAACGGACACCCGAUUGAGCACAGUGACGAAAAUGGCCAAAGCAAUAUAUACCUUGUUCCAGUGCAAGAGACUGAUCUUUCAAAAGGUCAUGUUAAAUAACUAUAUAGUGACUAUAUACAUGAAGUGAAGUAAUAUAUGAAUAGCAAAAGGCAGGUUAUGAUUUUCUUUCAUAAGCGUUAUAUGUUGCAACUUUUUAGCCUUACUUUGACCUUCAAGAAAUAAUUACAGUUUCCAUUUGGAGAAAUUUGUGACAUCAGCAACUUCUCUUGGAAUGAGUCAAAUCGGAUAAACUUACCUACAGCUCGGUUCAUUACAGUAAGUGAAAUAACUAGUCACCAGGUUGUCAAUGUUUGACGACAGUAAUACCUAUUACUGAAAUCUGGAGCACACUUUUUAAAUCUGUAGCCUUCUGAUUGGCUGAACAGAGCCAUUUUAUGAGCUUGUAACUAGCUACGACAAAUUGGGUCAAUGAAUUAGUCAGCGAAGUGAGUGAAAGGUUUUUACGAGCGAGCCGUGAAGCAAUGGCGGAAAGAUAUUUCUUUGCCGCAUAACUUACAACUGAAGAAAUAACAGAACUAAUAUCCACCAAAAGAGCCACUAGAUUCGGUAUGAAAAUAUUUCAGGGUAUGUUUGUAAAGGAAAUUUUACGAAAUGCUGGGUGGUAAUCACUUGCAGUCAGAGCAAGCAAACAGAUUUUUCAGGAGGAUUUUAGUGAGUUACGUCUGAGUUAAAGCGUUCUGGAAUCUGUAUCAUGUAGAAAUGGGCGCGUGGUUCACUAGCAUAACUGACUAGUACUGACGAAACUGUUGUAUCAAUAAAUUGCUUUUUGAUUUA